AUGGACGACGACCAUCUCCCCCAGAUCUAUUCUUCCGUCUACUCCGGCGUCGAAGUCUACGAGAUGGAGGUCAACGCCGUCGCCGUCAUGCGCCGCCGUCACGAUAGCUGUCUCAAUGCCACUCAGAUUCUCAAAGUUGCCGGCUUGGAUAAAGGGAAACGAACAAAGAUCCUUGAGAAGGAGAUUCAAACCGGCGACCACGAGAAGGUCCAGGGCGGCUACGGCAAAUACCAAGGCACCUGGAUAUCCUAUGAUCGAGGUGUCCAGGUCUGUCGCCAGUACGGUGUCGAGGACCUCCUCCGGCCACUGCUCACAUACGACAUGGGCCAGGAUGGCACUGCUGCGGGCCGCGGCGACCUCAAUACCCCAACCAAGGAGCAGGCCAUGGCUGCCCAGAGGAAAAGGCUCUACAGCCAGCCGAUCAACAACAGAUCCAACAGCAUGUCCGGCACAUUCUUCAAGAAUAUAUCAUCCACCGCAUCCAACGCCGUUGCCGCCAUCAGCAAAGCCAGGCUCGGCUCGCCGGGGCCCAGAAGCCGCGGUGGUCUCUCGAGGGCCCCCAGCUUCAACCGCCAGCCCUCUGCCUCUAUGCAGAGCGUGGAUGACUUCCCGGGCAACUCGCAGCAGAGCUUCACCUCUGAUCUCGGCAGGAAUGGCGACUCCGCAUACUCUGCACAACGUAACAACGCGCAGCCAAUGAGCAUCGACGGCGCUGAGCCCCCUAGGAAGAGACCGAGGGUCGCGGUGACACCAGCAGAUAGCUUUGGCCAGUCGCAAUCCCAAUCCCAGUCCCAGUCCCAGUCGCAGAGCAUGUACAUGAGCGCCGACAACUUCCCAGGCUCCCCCACCGAGCCUAACGAGUCCUUCAUCUACUCUCAACAUGGUCUGAAUCUGCAUCAGGUCGAGGACCAUGACGGUGUUUCUCCUCUUCCACCAUUACCAUACGACGAGUCUGUGGAUGCCGAGGCCACCCGCAAAACACUCCUGACCCUUUUCGCGGAGCCCGCGGAGCCUGAUGCGUUUGAGGAGCUGCGGUCCUUGACUCCCUCGGAGUUGGAUAUGCCCAUCGACAGCCAGCACCACACUGCGUUGCACUGGGCCGCCACGCUGUCGCGCAUGAGCAUUGUUCAGGCCUUGAUCAGACAUGGAGCCAAUCCCUUCAGGGUCAACUCUGAAGGUCAGACUGCCCUCAUGCGCGCGGUCAUCGUCACAAACUCUCACGACAACUUCUCCUUCCCUGAACUGCUGGACCUGCUUGGCCACACCCUUGAAGUGGCGGACAACAAAGGUCGCACAGUACUGCAUCACGUCGUCGUCACAAGCGCCAUAGAACGUCGGCAUGCCACGAGUAAAUACUACCUCGACUGUCUGCUCGAGUGGGUUGUCCGCCAGGGUAGCGCCCCGAGCAGUCAGGAUCAUGCGGCGAACUCCACCAGGCCCCCGUCAAGUAACGGCCACAAAAUAGGUCUGGGUCGAUUCAUGAUCGAGGUGGUCAACGCCCAGGACAAGGCAGGCGACACGGCACUAAAUCUGGCUGCUCGAAUUUCGAACCGCAGCAUCAUCUCACAGCUUCUCGAGGUGCAUGCUGACCCUUCAAUACCAAAUCGUGUCGGCUUGAGACCCGUAGAUUUCGGGAUCGGCGAGCUGCCCGAGGCGGAGAGGGAGGUCGAGGACGUGGCAAAGACCGAUCUGGCGGUGAGCACGCAAAGGAGCAAGGAGAGCAGCGAUGAUAUUGUGGAAUCCAUGAAAGACCUGCUGGGAGAGACAGCCGCGAUCGCGCAAGAAGAGCUGAGGGCGAAGCAGGAUACCCUUGAUGAGCUCCAGACAGCGCUGAGAGCAAACUCGUCAAGGCUUGCGGAGACGCGGCGGAACCUCGACGUUGUCAAGGACAAGGCAAAGCAGCAGCAACUCAACCGACAACAGGUUGCAAAUCUGUCUCGCGAGCUGGAAAGUCUCCAAUACCGCAUGGGCCACAUGGACAACGAACAGGCUGCCUCACAGAGCAACUCUGCCGCAGCUUGGGAGGACGAACUCGAGAGGACCCUAAGCUCGGCCGAACACCAGCCUGCGUUGCCGGAUGCUAAUAUCCUCCGCGCCCGCCUGAAAGCAACGACUGAUAUUCUUAACACAAUGCAAGAUAAGGUAUCCAACCUGAAAGGCACGAGCCGAGAUAUCGAGUACAAGUACAGGCGCCUGGUUGCCCUGGCGGCCAACUGUCCCGAGAGCCAAGUUGACGACUUGCUUGAGGGCCUGGUCCGGGCCGUGGAGAGUGAGAAGGGAGAACUGGAGAUUGGCCGGGUGCGGAAGUUCCUGGGCGGUGUUGACGGUCCAUAG